AUGACCAGCUUAUCCAAAAGCUUCAUGCAGAGUGGAAGAGUCUGUGCAGCGUGUUUCUACCUGUUAUUCACACUACUUUCAAUUCCAAUCUCGUUCAAAGUCGGCGGUUUGGAGUGUGGUCUUUCCUUUACAGUGACGCUGUUCACUUUGUAUUUCAUAACUACAACGCUGAAUGUGUUGGCGAAACGACACGGAGGAAAGCUAUACAUUUUUUUGACCAACUGCCUGUAUUAUUCACAACAUUUCGUCAUUGCAUCUUUAUUAUAUUUGUUCUUAUCCGGAUUCUCUAACGAUGAAUUAGGAAACGUCCUGAAAAAUAGAUCUAAUGAGUCGGAGUCGUUUUUGGAUGCUUUGAAGGAUAGCCUGAAUUCGAAUCAAAUCAACUAUGUGCUAUAUUAUUAUUACUAUCGAUUUGUUGUUCAACCAUGGCAAUUCGUACUUACCAAGUCUACGCCUUUUUUCACUCUAUCAGAGGGUUUUUUCACUAUUUUAGCCAUUCAGGCCGUCGGGGAAACUAACAGAUGGUUAUCGAAUGACCUGAAUUCAAACACGUGGAUUAUUUCGUCAUUACUGGCUUCUGGAGGUGUGAUCACUGCUUCACUUUAUUAUUUGUAUCGGAUUUAUGUGACCCCGAUAUGGCCACUAUCCAUCCAAACAGCAUCCCUAUUAGGAUUUGUUUUGUCGAUGGUAUGUGGGUUGGGUUUAUAUGGUAUUGUGAGUCAAAAAGGAUCCGUUAUAGAAAGUUCAUUAUUUUUUGCGUAUAUUGUUCGUUGCAUUUAUGAAAUUUCGCCCAAGUUAGCUACUACGGCAACCGAUGAAAUUCUAGAUUUGUUCAAAGACGUUUGGCAAAAGCACCAAAGAAACUUGCCAACGGCGGAUAAUCUUUUAUGCUACUUCCAUAAUGUUGUAUUGAAAAAUGCCGAAAUGUUAUGGGGGUCCUUCAUACCCAGAGGAAGAAAGAAAACUGGCGAUUUCCAUGAUAAAAUCAUUAGUAUUUUGUCAUUUGAAAAAGUAUCGUUGAUAUCUAGACCAUUUUGGAAAUUUUUUAAGAAUUUUACCUUUAGCGUUCCGCUAUCCAUUAAUGAGUUUUGUCAAGUCACGAUUAAGAUGGCAAGCGAAUCAGUUUCACCCGCCAUAGUCAUCAAUUUAUGCUUCAGAGUUCUUAUGUUUUACUCAGCAACGAGAAUUAUACCAGCAUUACAAAGAAAGAAUGACAAGCAGUUACGCAAGAGUCGUCGGAUCAUGAGGGGAUUAUAUUGGUAUAGUCCCUGUAUCCUAAUCGCUAUGUAUACGCAUUUGAUUUUGCAAUAUUCCGGUGAGCUAAAGAAAGACUUAUGUAUAUGGGGUUGCAGUGAGAAGUGGUUCGGCGCAGAGCAGCCAGAAAUUAUAGUAGAUUCAUGGGGGUUCUGGAAUUGGUGCAAUAUUUUCUGUACUAUUUUGGUAUACGCUACUGAAUUAAUCGGAUCUGGUAGUUGA